AUGCUGAUGGUGGAGGAGCUGGAGAGUGUCCAGGAACCGAAACCCCAAUUUGCGGAUAAUCGUCUGGGGCAAUCCAGCCAAGGGAUUCAAGCGGUGAUUCCGCUCAAAAAAGAGGAUGAGGCUCUUAUUCUCACCACCAUCUUGUCUAUUUUUACCCACUACGUGGCUGCUUCCAUCGCGUUUGACGUCUGUUACAACAGAAGCGCACACGCUAAGUAUCUCUACUGGGGAUGUUACGCUACCUGGGCGGAGAUGUUGGUCAUCUCGCUUAUGAUGGGAAUUGGUUAUUUCCGUUACUCCAAAUGGGAAUUCCUUGAACUGUUGUGUGUUUUCAUGAUUUACUUGGGACUCAUGAGCUUUUACUUCUUCAAAGCUGCAGUUGACACAGAGGAGGGUGACCUUGAUGUUGAAGGGAUGGCUGGCAACAAUCCUGAUCCUCACGGCGAGCCCAAUCAAAGCAACAAUCCUGACCCAACUGGCAUGCCCCAUCGGGAGAACGGUUGA